AAGAGGGGUCGGAAGAAAAUGUAGACGUAUGGGAUGAUAGCGCGCUAAUUUCUGCUUGGGAAAAAGCGUGGAAAGAAUAUCAGGAUCACCAUAGCCUUAAAGCAACAUCGAAAACUGCCGCAGCAGCAACAUCCUCAUCAUCUAAGGCAGACCAAAAGAAGAUUAUCAUUGAUAUCGAUAAAAAUAAAUCGCAAACACCUGGUGCAGAAAUGACGACGACGAGUGAUCAUAGAAGUACACAAACAACAACGCAAGAGGCCCUUCCUGAGAAUCAAGAGAUUAAACCUGGAAUGAAGAAAAAAACCCGAAUACGUCCAAACAUUGAAACUACCACUAAUAUAUCUAACGACGAAGCAACAUGGGGAAAAUCAACAUAUCAACAGUAUCCCUACUAUCAUCAUUAUUAUCCAACAUCAUCGUCGUCUUAUUACAAUUACUGGCCGCCAUCUAAUACAGUUGUGCAAGAUGAGACUACAACGCAGCAUCAAUUUCCUGCUUCGCCACUGCCAAAGACUACACCUACACCAUCUCCAUUUCCACCACCACCUUUACAUUACAGUUAUUAUCCGUAUGGUCCUCCUCCUCUCUCGCAUUCAUAUGGACCUCCACCACCUAGGCCACCAAUGGUUGAAACAGAUGAUGAAACACUCGCCAACUUAUUAAUGGCAUGGUAUUUUUCUGGCUAUUACACAGGCUUGUAUCAAGGUCAAAGACGAUAA